AUGGCGUCUCCCUCGGUGAUCUUGAUAAUUGUGACCCUGUUCACUGGCCUCACGAGCAUCACUCUUCUCUGUUACGCUCUUUGGCAGCUACACCUCUUGAAAAAAGAAGUAGAUCCACUUCAUCCUAUCCGCCUGGCUCGCGUGGCCCGCAAUCUGCGAUCAGCCGCCACUACCGGCAUCGAACCUCUCGAGACCGUCGUCUGCAAGGAUGCGCAGCCAAGCAGCAUGGAGGCAGGCGCUAUACCGACGAGUGAACCAACGACACCGAUCAGGCCAUCGCGGCCGAGGAGCUUGUGGUGGCCUGGCCUGGCCCACGGAGUCCCGCCCGAGCAGAUGAACAGUGAUGCGAGUAUGCCCAGUAUUCCAGAGAGUCCGCCGCCAUUCAAGACCGAGGCGCACUGGAAUGCUGUCUAG